AAAAAUGUUGGAAUCUGUUGGAAAAGAUAUUUGGUCAAUCAAAGACAUAAUAAGAAUGGAAAGAGCUUUCUUGAGCUUUAUUCAAUGGAAUCUUUCAAUAGAUCGCGCUGCUUUUGAUUCCUACUUGAAUGAAUUGAGAGAAAAUCAAAUAGAUCUUUGA